AUGCCGUCGCGAAGCCGUCCUUUUUACUUCACAGUCAAGUCGAAGACCGGAGAGAAGAUUCCAGUUGCUGUCAACGGUGAGCCUACGCGAAUCGAUGCUCCGGGAUUUUCAGGCCUCUGUCACAUCAUCCACGACACCGGGAGCGAGACUGGAUCUGCGAGAGUCGAGCCCUCCCAGAAACGAGGAUUGAUCGUCCAGAUGCAGGGCAAGUUUGCAGAGGCUGCAACGUUAGGCGAGGAAAACUCCAGCAACAUAUGGCUGGGAGGAACCCUCGGAGCUGCUCUGAAUCUCGGCUGGGUCAUGCGAAACGUCGUGUCUUUGGGCUCCAAGUUCGCGAACAAGAAAACGGGAGGCCGCUUCUACAUCGACCUUGGCAACGACCACGCCCCGUGCCAGAUGGGAUUUCACCUGCGGGCCUUGUUCCGAGUCCUGGCCACUUCAGAGGGAGAAGAGGCGCCAAAACUGGGCAGCCCAGAGCUGGAUGCCAUCCCAUAUGGUGGUCCUGGACUCCUCGAGGUGGACACCAGCAAGACGUACACCUUGUAUUGGAAGAUUCCAUACCUCGACCUUUGUACGUGGGAGCUGCUGAAGGUGCCGGCCAUCAGCCCACUUCCGCUGGAGAAUGUCCUGGGGGAUCUCUCCACGACAAGGUUAUUCAUGUACGACUUGGGCAAGUGCAGCGCUCACCACCCAGACUACGAGCAGAGCCUGCUCCUCGAAGCAACCUUCGAGCGUGGAGCCGAAGGAGACGAAUUCUACGAUCCCGUGGCAGCGGUGCAUCCGCCGACGGUGCUGGACGCCCCGCCAGGCACUCCUAAGAAGGAGCCUGGUUUGCCUCAUGACGACAGCAUGAGCAUCGUGGAUUCGCUUCAGGAACUCGCCGAAGAUCUAAGCGAAGACAGCCUGGAGUUGAACAACCUUUUCGCCAGGGCCCUGCAGGAGCUACCGCUUUGGCAGGGCUUCGACUCGCUAAAUGGUCUCAACUUCCGCGUGCCUUUCUACAUCGAGGCCAUCGGCCGCUUUCGCAAGCAGGAGGUGCGCAGCUGGUACGUCCUUCGGGCCGAGUCCGCUGAUGGCGGCUUCUACUGGCAGGCACGUGAUGCUGAAGAGCUCGCGGCCCUUUGCCGUCCAAAGCGGCGGCUUUCGCGGUUCCUCCGAGGGGCGGCACCGCGGAAGUACCACUGUUGCGACGUGAGGACAUUGGAGCAGUUCCGCCUCAUCGUUACCAGCCAUCUUGCAGAGGACAGCAAGAUGCGGAGCGCCGUGCUUCAGGCAGCCAACGCACCGCCGGACAGUCCGCAAAGCCCUUCACGAUUGAUGCAACCUCCGCCCCGCUUCUUGGAGCCGGAUGGGACAAUGUGUGGCAUCGCCUUCGCGCAGGCAGCACAGGGGUUGAAGGGGGCCAAAAGGGAGGCUUUGGUUGGAGCUAUCCAUUUCGAAGGCCGAAUCUGUGAGGAGCUGCUACGCUUGAGCUCCGACAACUUCAUACGGUGCUUCAGCCCUUACGACUGUGACCAGCCGCGGGUCUUGAUCCAUGCCGGGGAGAUCACACGGGUGGAGGCCCUGUCGCAGAAGUUCCUGGACCGCUUCCACUUGUUCGAGGUGCAGACAGAUCUGAGGGCCUACGUUUUCUGCUGUGCCCACGCUCCUGAUCGGGACGAGUGGGUGGCGGCCCUGAGAGAGGCUGCACAGGCGGCCAGCGUGAGCCGGGCGAGCGGCCCCGCGGGCCCAAUGUCUCCAAAUUCGAUUUACGGCGUGGCCAGUGCCAAGAAGGCGGCGGGCAGGAGCAGAAAUUCGCGAGGGAGCGAUGUCAUUCCCAACCGGCAUGGCCCUUUUCUGGAUGCGACUGGCGCUGGGCGCUGGCCCAACAUUCGCUAUGUCUUGAACGAUCGGCUGCUGACAAGCGCGGCCCCCCACCCUCUCUCUGCAGAUGCGGCAGCGCACUUGCUUGAGCUGGCUCUGGCUUUGGGUUCGGAGCCCUCGCACACUAGUUUGGCGGCUUUCCUGGACAGCACGUGCAUGCUCAAGGCCGUCAGGUUCAAUCUGUGGAGCCAGGCAGAGCUCAAGGCCUUCUGGUGCAACGUGUACCACUGCCUCCUCCUGCAUGGCCUACUUGUUCUCAACACUCCCGACUCCGAGGAGAAGUUGGCAAUCUUCCGCAGGCGUGCGAGCUAUCUCGUCGGUCUGAGACCUGUGAGCUUGGCGGACAUUGAGACGGAGAUCUUCCAUGUGCCACAGGAAAGCGCGGCUCCACCGGAGGUGGAGUCGGUGGGGAAAGGAGGCUGCUGUGGCUUCCUGGGUGGAAAAGCGGCAAGAGCUCCAACGAAGACCUCUGCGCUGGCCGACACUGCCAAGCAGGUCGAUCAGACCGCUGCUGCCUCUGUGGAGCUGUCCCAGAAAAGCCGAGUGGCCGUGGAGUGUGAGAAUUCUUCCGGCCUGGCAACAGAACCUGUGAACGCUUGCAUGUACCUUGAUGCUGCAGAAACCUGGGAAGCGCCAAGCAUGGAUCCAAGAGUCGAGCUCAUCUUGUCAGAGGGCGCCGGCAGCUGCAGCAUUCCGGUUCUUCGAGCUUCCAGCCUGGAUCGUCAACUGGACGACGCUGCGAGCCUUUUCGUUCAGGCACAGGUCCAGACGGAGUCCAAUGGUGGCGUGGUCCGUGCCGUGACUCUGCCUGGAAAGUGCCGUGCCCUGAAGCGCCACUUCAAGAACGAGAGGGACCUUCUUUUCGCUUCGGGGAACUUGGCUUGGCACGUCGGUCAGUGUUUAGAGCCACCGUCGUCCCAAUUUUUGCUGCCGCGACUACUACCGAUCCUACAGCACCAACAAGAGCAACCAGCAUAA